UUGUGCUUCACUUUUUAGUCCACAAUGCAAUUCCACCUAAGCGUUUCCAUUAUCUCCAACAUAACGUAAACUGUACUUCCAAAAGAUGAUUCCAUUGUUGUUUAUGGACGAUCAACAAGUCUUUAAUAAAGUCAGUUUUCUUUUCUGCAAUUAUGGGAUUACCUCAUGCAUCCAAUCAGUAGAGAGAGAGAAAUUUUAUAUACUGUGCUUAAUUUUGUCCCAGCAAUUUACAUUUUACACAGGAAAGUCCUUAACUUUGAAGGGGCCAUAGUAGUCAUGGCGGAUUCUUCCGGGUUCACUCUUGAAUCAGUGAGAAAAAGCCUAAUUCGUCAGGAAGACACCCUUGUUUUCAAUCUUAUUGAGAGAGCAAAAUACCCGAUUGUUCCACAGUUGUACGAUGAUGGCAACUGCCCCAUUUUACCUGGGAGUUCGGAUUCUUUCCUUGAGUCAUUUGUUAAGGAAACAGAAGCCGUCCAAGCAAAGUUUGGUAGAUAUCAAUCUCCUGAAGAGCAUCCUUUCUUCCCAGAUAAACUACCAGAAUCUUUGGUGUUACCUCCCAGGACUACCCAGAUUUUGCACUCGGCAGCGGCUUCUAUUAACAUAAAUAAAGCGAUCUGGGAUAUUUACAUCAAUAAGGUGCUCCCACUUAUUGCAUCUGAAGGUCGUGAUGACAAUUACACAAGCAUUGCUGGGUGUGACUUGCAGUGUUUGCAGGCAUUGUCUAGAAGGAUUCACUAUGGAAAGUUUGUGGCAGAAGUGAAAUUUAAAGAUGCUCCCGAAGAGUAUACACCAGCAAUACAAGCUCAGGUAACUUUCUCUCACUAUUAUACUGAUGUGGCUAAUCAGCUACUCAUGCCAACUAUCAUCAUCAUGAUAAGUUGAUAAUAACUCAUGAAGUUUAAGUAACUCCUUUAUAUGAGUGCUACCAUCAUAUUGUAAUCCAGUUAAGCAGUUUGCAACCAACUACUUAUUUGGUGGUCAUGACACGAAUCAGUCGUGCAGGAUAGAGAUGCACUGAUGAAGCUUUUAACAUUUGAAAGCGUUGAGGAGAUGGUAAAGAAGAGAGUGGAAAAGAAAGCCAGAGUAUUUGGGCAAGACGUGACCCUUGACAGUAAUGAUAGCCAGGGGAACUUCAAAGUCAAUCCAUCCGUGCUUCCUCGCCUGUACGGGGAAUGGGUGAUGCCACUAACCAAAGAGGUUCAAGUUGAGUAUCUUCUUCGCCGUCUUGAUUAAACCUUUCGUGGCAAUAACCAUCUCAAAGUACACGAUCAUUCAGUGCCUUGAAGGUGAUCAUUAGGCAGGUUGGUUUGAACUAUCUGGAGUUGUAGGAACAAGAUUGUUCCAUAUAAAUUUGUUAUGGAUGCUGCUAAUUCACAACUAUAUAUGAAAAUGGAAAAUGAACUGUACACGCUAAUAGACUUCAACUUUUGUUUGUUUUAGACUUUAGAUCAUGAUCGCUUAUCAAGUUCGAUAGACAAACUUGUCAAUAAGCAUGUCAAACUCAAGUAAAUUCCUAAAAAAUGCAAUGGAGAUUAUCAUUACACUUCCGGCAAUGAAAACAGAUGAUGGUUUUGGACUUGGAUAUGAGUUUGAAGCAAAGUAGAUUUCUUUUUAGUCCAUUUUCAAUCAUUACUGCUUGAUUAUUGGAUCAGAAGACCCUUGUUAGCACUUAUCAGGUGGAUUACAUUUGUUUUUUGUUGUGAUAUUCGCAUGUAGAGUAUCACAAGCAGCUCCUCCAAGCAAUGCUGCAGAGGUGGCAGCCGGCACUGCUUGGCCCACUCCGCUUGAUUCUGGCGGGAUCAGGGGAACAAGGAUAUUUUGGGCUUUCAUAGAUUUUCGUCCGAAGAACGAGAGAUGAAACUCGUUAGAAUUAGGUUUAAGGAGGAAGUUCAAUUCAACCUUAUUAAGUAGAGUAUUUUUUUGAAACAAAGUGAGUAAUUUAAGUAUUUAUUUUAACGAUUAAAAUGUGAGUGGGGAGUUGGGGAGUAAGAUACAAUGAAGAUAAGUACUAUUUGGUUUACCACUUAUGGAGUUGUGUUUAUUAGGGUCAUUUAGCGACAAGUAUGCAAACUUGUAGUCCCUACAACUUUUUUAAUUUGGUCAAUACACCAAAUAUAUAACUCAUUUUAUGCCUC